UACACAAUCGAACGCCGUCACAACAGUUUAUAUUGCUGUGUCCGCAAAUUUCAUGGUAAUCUUUACUCACAAGACACCCUACAUAGCUAGCGAGGGACGUUACGCCAGUUUUAGGCGGCCUUGCUACUGACUGGAUUGCUACUAUCAAUGGGAGGCUGUGGCUCGAGAGUAAGAGUUACACGAGACGGUUGUGCUGAAUUUGGAGCGCCCGCGUAUACGACUUUCACUACUGAGUCCGGCUCCAACCAGAAGACCCCCAGCAUCAGCAGAAUUGCUUGGGACGAACACACUACCUUCCUUACUGAAGUUAAAGCACGAGGCGAGGAAGCCUUUGCAGCUGACGCCGACAGCGUCCGCGAAGAACGGGAUAGUGCCUUGGCUGGAGACUUGUGCCUACCUAGCUCCAGCAGCAAGGGGAGCUCCUCCCGCAUUCAGGCCCGCGACGAAGAUUGCGAUAAGCAACUUGCUAGUGGCUUAGCAACCCCCUGCGACAAGCAUUUUGUUAACAGUAUGGCUUCGAACUACAGUAGCGCGCAGAGAGCUGGAUGCAAUACAGCCAGCCCUCCAGCUUCAAUUGAGACGCCAAAGCAGCGUUCCGAAGUUCCGAGCAGCACUAAUAAGCACAAUUGCCAAGACGCAUAUGCUUCACCAACAGCUGGCGCGGCAGCCGCGCGCGCGCAGAAGCCCGCAUGUGGCGAUGCUGCUGACGUUCGCCACCAACAUCGCCCGGCGACACCAUCGCCACCGCAGCACGAUAACACCGUUUCUGUAACAACUCCACCAUCUCCCAAAAUUGCGGGCAACGGCGCCACGGCUCCUGCGGUAUCCGCCGAAGCCGGAGUGCAAUGGGUCAUCCGGCCAGGGCCACCCAUAGAGAGCGUCUACAAACUUGGAGACGUGCUGGGGAAGGGCAGUUUCGGAGUGGUCCGCUCCGCCCGGCACCUGGUGACGGGGUGCGAGGUGGCGGUGAAGAGCAUCCGCAAGUCGCUGCUGGGCGCCGCUGACGUCAGCUCGCUGCGGCGGGAGGUGGAGAUCCUGCACCACCUGGCGGGCCACCCGCACAUUUCGCAGCUGCUGGGGGUGUUUGAGGAGGCGGGGCAGCUGCACCUGGUGCUCGAGCUGUACAAGGGUGGCGACCUGUUUGACGCCAUCAUCGGAGUUGGGCGGCACAGCGAGCGGGCGGCUGCGGACGUGAUGCGGGUGGUGCUGGCCGCCAUCUCCUACUGCCACGCAAUGGGGGUGGCACACAGGGACAUCAAGCCGGAGAACUUCAUGCUCACUGCCGACACGUCAGCCGCGCAGCAGCAGCAGCAGCACUCCCCGCCGGCAGGUCCCCGGGUGGCGGAGGGCGCACGACUGAAGCUGAUCGACUUUGGGCUGUCGGCGUUUUGCACUGACACCUCCCCCCUCACCGACAUUGUGGGUACCUCGUACUACGUGGCCCCCGAGGUGCUGACGGGGCGGUACGGCAGGGCGGCGGACGUGUGGUCGGCGGGGGUCAUCCUGCACAUCAUGCUGACGGGCUACGCGCCCUUUGACGGCAAGAACGAUGAGGAGAUCCUGCGGGCGGUGCGCAAGAACAAGCUGGACCUGGCCUCCGACCCCGUGUGGAGCUCCAUCAGCCGGGAGGGCACCGAGCUGCUGGCAGCCAUGCUCAACAGGGACCCGGGCAAACGCGCCACCGCCGACCAGCUCCUCUCCCUGCCCUGGCUGGGUCGCUCCGCCUCCUCCUGCACCGCCCCCACCGGCCCCCUGCCCGGGGUGGUGUCGGAGCGGCUGCGGCGGUUCGCGCGCAUGCACAGCUUCAAGAAGGAGGCCCGGCGGGUGGUGGCGGGGAUGAUGCGGUCGGAGGAGGUGGCGGGGCUGGUGGCGCAGUUCCGGGGGCUGGACGCGGACAGGGACGGGAAGCUGAGUUUGACGGAGCUCAAGCACGGCCUGGCGCGUCAGGAGUUCCGCGGUCUUGCGUUCGGCGGUGUGAGUGCGCCGCUGGAGGACGGGGAGCUCAGGCGGCUCAUCAAGAGGACCGACCUCAACGGAGACGGCGCACUGGACGAGUCCGAGUUCCUGGGGGCCGUACUGCCUGCAGCAGCAAUCAACCGCCAAGCACAAAAAACCCUAACCGCCGCCGCCGUCGCCGCCGCCGCCGCCGUCUCCCGCCCCGGCAGCGCCUCCGUCGCCGCCGCCGCCCUAGUCGCCGCCGACUCGGGCGACAGCAACCCCAUCGCCGCCGCCUUCCGCUACUUUGACGCCGACCGCUCUGGUCACAUCAGCAUGGGCGAGCUCCGGCGGGCGCUGGCGGCGCACCACCCCUCGGGGCGGGGACCCGACCUGCGGGCGCUGUUCGGGCGGGUAGACCGGGACGCUGACGGGCGCAUCAGCUACCCCGAGUUCGUGCACAUGAUGCUGCAGGACGUGGAGGACGAGGAGGAGGAGGAGGAGGAGGAGGGUGGGGGUGAGGGAGGAGGAGGUGGUAGGCAGCAGCAGCCGCCCCAGCCGCAGCUGCUGCCGCCGCGGCAGUCCGGGGCAGGGGGCAGCAGCGGGGUGCAGGCGGGGGUGGGGGUGCAGGCGCCGUCAGCGGUGGCGAUUGUGGGUGACGUCGGCAAGAAGCCGCUUCCCCCCCAGGCGCCCAAGCUGCCCCUCCCUACCUCCGCUACUGCUGCUGCCGCUACUGCUGCCGACAACUCCACCAGCAGCAACAAGAGCAGCGGCAGUCGCAUCAUGAGCGUCUACGGCAGCUGCACCCCGGCCCCCGCCCAGGCCCCGCCUGCUCCCCCUGCCUCCGAGUCCCCUGUCGGGGCCCCGGGCCGCGGCAGGAGCCGGGGCCCCGCCACCUCCGCAUGGGCCGCAGGGGCAGCUGCCGGCUUCUCCUCCGACAAGGCUGCUGCUGCCACCCCGGGGGGUGCGGCAGGUGCGGGUGCGGGUGCUGCAGGGCUGCGGCUGCCCCCCCGGUCGCUGCUGUCCCGGGGCGGAGUGGCGGUGCCGGGCGGGCCCGUCAGUCGGGCCUCCACGGGCGCCCUGCAGCCGCCCGGCGGGUGCACCUCCCCGCUGGACUGGUGGUGCGACGAGUGCGGCGAGGGAGGCGGCAGCGGGGGCGAGGAGGAGGAGGAGGAGGCGGAUGGCAGGACGGGGGAGGCGGUGACGGCGGCGGCACGCAGGGCAGCGGCGGCGGGCGGCGUGCGACCGGCGGCUCCUGCGGCGGGGUUGCGAGGUGGGGGUGCGGCGGCCGCUGCGGCGCCUCCCGCGCCCCUGCCCUCUCCUCGGGUGAUCCACUACCACCCGCAGCAGCAGCAGCAGCAGCAGGCCAUGCCGCAUCCCCCGCCCAGCCCUCCGCCGCUCUCCCCAACUCCCCAGCAGCAGCAGCAGGCAGCCGCCAGGAGCAGCGCCAGCGGGGCCCGGCCGCAGCCGCAGACACCAGCGGGGGGCCAGCUGGGCGGCCUGCCGGGUAUUGGCGCCCCCCCCACGUGCCCUGAUCCCCGCUUCGCUCGGCUCUCUGACCGGGGCCCCGGCAGCAAUGCCAGCAGCGCCAGCAACAACCGCGGCAGCAGCGGCGCCGGCAGCGGAGGAAUGGACAAGCCGGACAGCGGCUCAGGAGGCCCCCUCCUGCCGCAGGAGGAGGCCUGCAGCUUUGGAAGCAGCGGCACCGCAGCGGCACCGCUCGGGGGCUCAGCCGCUCCCACCGCCCGAUUCGUCUGCCGGCCGCACCCGCCCUCGCCGCCGCUGCAACACUACCCGCAGCAGCAGCAGCAGCACCAACACUAUGGACUGCCUGCGCCUCCCACCGCGGACGCGCGCAGUCGCCGUCACUCGGUCGGCGGCGCAAUCGCCGUGCCGCCGCCGCCGCCGGCGUCGUACACUCGCGGCGCCGUCGCAGUCGCAGUCGCCGCCGGCAGCAGCCCCGAGGCCGCGGAGGUGGCGCUGCUGGACUCGCCGCAGCACCCCAUGCGGGGCAGCCUGCCGUCGGGCCGCGGCUUCACGCAGCCGGGAAUGUACGAUAACGCUGGCGGCGGCGGCGGUACGGGCAGCGGCGCUGCAGGCGGUGGUGUGGGUACGGCAUCCGUUAGUCUGAGUGGCGCCGCCGUGACUCGUCCCGGUGGCAACAACCCCCAGCAAUCGCCGCAGCCGUCGCCUACCGCUGGCUACCAGCCCUCCUCCUCCUCCUCCUCCCAGCAGCAGCAGCAGCGGGCCAGCCGCCGCCCCCCGCAGCUGCAGCCGCUGCGGCUGCCCCAGACCGCAGCCGGCGAGCAGACCGCCACCCCGCUUUCCUCCGGCUUCAACUGGUCCCUCACGCCCUCCACGCCUCGCACCGCCCGCAACUCCACCACGGGCAUGUCCCCCGCCCCAGCAGCCUCACCCGCCUCCGCCCGCAGCCCCUUGCUCGCCCCUACCCCCGCCGCCGCCGCUGCUACCUCCCCCAGCACCGCCGGCUUCUCCUCCACGCCACGUCAGCCACCGCUGUACGAGCUGGCCGCCUGCUCCACCCCCGACGGAGGCAACCCGCUGCUGCCCUGCGUGGGCCCCAUGAGCGCCUCCCGCGCGCGCCGGCAGAGCACCGGCAGCAGCACCGCCUGGCCCAUGCUGCCGCUGCAGCCGCAGCAGCAGGUGGGGGGGCCACAGCCGCAGCAGGGUCUGCCGCUGCAGCCGCUGACACCCCGCUCGGUCCCCAUCCAUGCGCUGUCUCCGCGGCUGUCGGCGGCGAUGCCUGCUGGGGUGGCUGCUGCCGCGGUGGCGCUGCACGACGGGGGCAGUCCGGUGGGGCAGCCGCACUCGCAGCACAACAGCACCCAGCAGGGGCAGGGCGGCCCCCAGCACCAGCAGCAGGGGCAGGGGCAGCAGACUCCCCCCAGCGGCCAGCGCCGCAGCCGGGGCCGCCGCGUGACGUUGAUGGGCAUGGAGGAGCUGCAGGUGAGCCCGCGUCUGGGGGCGGGGGCGGACGUGGAGGUGGAAGUGAGCCGCUCCUCCGUGCCAGAGGGCAGUGCGGCCGGGGGAGGCCGGGCGGGGGGGAGGUUCGCGGGCCUUGUGGCGCCCGCCUCGCCGCCUCUGAUGGGCUGGAGUGCGGCCUCCCCGCAGCAGCAGCAGGGGCAGCAGAGGUACAUGGCGUAGGGUUGGACUUGGGUCGUUACGCUUUCGUUUGGACGGAGAUUCAGGGGUGUGAGGUUGGCAGUGGGGUGGGUGUUGGGUCCCGAGGUGCCUCGGGGGCCGUCUGGCCGGUACCGGUAAUCGAUGAAAGAGAAUGUUGAACGGAUGGACAGUGCUCUUCUGUAGCCUUGGUGUUUGUGUCCUAAUGUGGGGCGCUAACGAUAUGAAGGCUGCGGCUCAAUGUCAGGUGGCUGGUUAAGAUGAAGAAACGGCUUCUUGCAUGUUUGGUAAGUGAAGAAGUGUGCUGUGAGGGAUGGCGGGAAGGAGGAGGAGCGUGGGGGCAACGAGGAUGUGCUGUACAGCCAUCAGCUCUUGCUGCCACAGCACUGAAGGUUUUAUCCAACGCACAACGCAAUGAACGCAUCAUGUGCGGCCUCCGACACGUUCCUGGGCCCUUUGCGCGCGGCGACUCGUUUGCGCUUGUUUCUGUAAACUUAGUCCAGUUGCUUGUUCGCAAGUGUCCUCCCCAGUAACUUAUCUGGGUGUUGGCGCGAUGGCAGUAUGAAGUACAUGUUUGCCGUAAUUGUCGUUCGUACAUGGCGCUCGAAUAAAGUUGGAUCUGGAUCCAGGCCGUGGCCCUGCUGGGUACGGCAACCGCAAUUCCUACCUGGCGCUGUUCAGCUUUCCUUGGCGCGGUGUGGCUGAUGUGGCCCGAUUACGAGAAUCGUACGUCUCGGUAGGGGGUUGCCUUGAUGCUUAAGAGUGUUUGACUUCAUGAACGCGCGAAAUAAUGCGGAAGAAAUCGUCCGAAGAUGGCAGAAGAUGGAAGUUUGUCGCGCUUUAGUUUACAACAUGCUACAGCCGUAUUGAUAUGUCGGCUUGUACGUCGGCUGGAUGACGAAAGUUGAGCUGGAUGAUUGCCUUUCCAGGUAGCAACCAGUACUUCAUGGCCAACAUGAUCCAAUAAGGGUUGACCCAAGUGCAGGGGCCGCACGCAGGUCGCACAAUUGUGGUGCAGCCGGGUGGGGUGCAUACCGGCCGCUUGGGGGUGCAGGUGGGGGAAGAAGGACAAAAGGCGAAGCAACGCAGUCCUGCAGGUGGGAAGCGCAGGUGGGCGGUGCAGAUGGGCGGCGGUGACCCUACCUGCUGUAAUGGUUGCUUUCAUGCGGGCGCUGCCUUCGGGCGGCAUUAACAAAGGAGAGUGGCCGCGGUUGAUCACAUUUAGACAUGUAUUUGUGUGUGCGUGACAUGAGUUGUCGACAUGGUGCGUGCUGUGCGUGCUGAGACGUGCUCAUGCUGUGUCGGCAGCACGCUGGGCAGUGUCCCGUGCGUUGCGUGCGGAGAAGCAGACACACAAGGCUGUUUUCUUCGUGAUGAGGAGCUUUUUGUCAUAUAUAAUGAUGACGGUGUUAAAUGGACUUGCAAUUUUCCAACAGUUUACCUACAAAUGUGAGUCCUGAAAUGUUGGAUGCAACUGGCCAUGCAACGUUUGUCCCCUUCCUGACAACGUUUUGUGUCUGUGUCUGUAUGAGUUGGUGGUGUAGGUUCCGACAGUCUUCCGGUCGCCCCGGUGAGUCUCUGAGACGGUUCUGACGUUAAGGUCUCGGCCCGGAAUCUGGGCUCUGCUGUGCUUCAAUGUCGGUGUGCUUCAUUGUGGGUGAGAUGCGCGCGUCCAAUAAGUUGCCCUCCUGGGCAUUAAUACAUCCAAUUAAUACGUCCCCUGUAAGGAUCCCUACAGUUAA